AUGGCUCUGGGAAUCACCACCUACGAAACUCCCCGCCCGAAGCCUGCGGCGAGGAUCAGUAAUGCAAAGUGCCACCUCGCUCCUCGGCCUGUGUGCGGCGGCGGCGACGGCGGUGGCGGCGUCCUCGGCACCGACCACACCAUUCUGACCGCCACGCGAACCACUGUGGCACGAACCGUAACACAGGGAAAGGUACGUAAUGAUGCCGUCUUAAUCUGCCUCAUGAAACCUGAGGAACAUUACCACCUUCACCACUACGCCAUCAUCCCCACCGCCACUACCACCGCUGCCAUCACCACUAACGACACCAUCCUCACUGCCCCCACUGACAUCAUCACCUACGCACCAUUACCAACAUCAUCACUAACGCCACCAUCCUCACCAUUUCUACCAUCACCACCCAUGCACCACUAUCAUAACGGUACUACUGUAUUAAUCACAUCACCACCACCAUCACCACAUACAUCACCACUAGCCUCCUUCAGGACCUGCCCAAAGGCUCCUGAUGGCGAGGCUGAACCAUUGACGAGUUUGAGGACGUGCCGCGCAUCACAUCCACCCGACUUACCCCCACCCCCACCUUCCUCCCGCGGCCCACACGCGAGCACCGGUGCAACGCCGAAGAAAGGUCUGCCCACCGCCAUAAUCCGCAGCCGCCCCGCCACUCUCCGUGUUGGGGCGGGAGGAGAGGAAGGCAACAGAUGCAUCGAGCCACCUCCAGGACCCCAAGCUGUCUCCCCCGCUGUUCACCCACCACAGCUGCGUGCCAUCUGA